AUGCGCUACACCGGACUAUACGCUGCGGCUCUGAUCGCACCCCUCGUGGCUGCUCACGGCGACUUCCCUGUACCGAAAAUUGUUGGCCUUGGACCUCGCGAGAUUGGGCAACUGAGGAGCAGGAACAUUCUUGGUGGACAUGCGGCGCACGUCGCAGGGCCCAACCUACGUUUGACGGCACGUCAAGGUGGUAUUGAUGGUCGGUGCGGACCGAACAACGGCGGUGCGAGCUGUGCUGAGGGCUACUGUUGCUCUGUGGAAGGCUACUGCGGCCAAGGAGGUGACUACUGUGAAGCACCCGACUGCCAGUUCCAGUAUGGCCCUGGCUGUGAUGCCAACAAACUACCUACUGGAGGCAGCACUCGCAACAUCGCUCGUCCCAAGCUCGGCAACCAGCCGUACGGUGGAGAGGGCAUCUACGACUGCACUGAGCCAAACACGAUCGCUAUCACGUACGAUGACGGUCCUUAUAUUUACACUGAAGGUGUGUUGGAUCAAUACAAAGCUGCCGGAGCAAAGGCCACUUUCUUUAUCACUGGUGUCAACAUCAACAAGGGCGCAAUUGACGACCCGAGCAAGCCGUGGGCUGCUACCAUCAAGCGUAUGAUCGCCGAAGGACAUCAAGUUGCUAGCCACACAUGGUCGCACCAAGAUCUCAGCGCCAUCACCAGUCAACAACGAUACGACCAGAUGGUCAGGAACGAGAUGGCCUUCGCCAACAUCAUGGGCAAAUUCCCGACUUACAUGCGCCCACCAUACUCCUCUUGCACAGCAGCUUCAGGAUGCCAAAAAGACCUCGCUGAUCUAGGAUACGUUGUCUCGUACUUCGACCUCGACACCGACGACUACAACAACGUCACCCCCGACAAGAUCCAGAACGCCAAGGACAACGUCAAGAAGGCCAUCGACCCCAGCAACCCCAAGGUGGACGCUUUCCAGGCCAUCGCACACGAUAUUCACGAGCAGACCGCCAAGAACCUGACUGGCUACAUGAUCCAAACCAUGCAGGCGAAGGGAUACAAACUGGUCACUCUGGGCGAGUGCUUGGGCGAGCCUCAGACCAACUGGUACCGGGACGCUUCUUCCGGUCGCGUAGCCACCACGUCUGUCUUCACACCACCUGUCGCGGGUCCUACAUCUUCUGGAAGCGUUAGUUCCGCUGCACCUGCUGCCACUCCUACUGGUGUUUCUACCGACGCUACCUGCGGAGGUACAUCUGGCUUCACCUGCCUUGGUACGACCUCUUAA